AUGACUCUGCUGGCUAUUAAAUAUGAACAUGGGAAGUUGGAGAUUCUGGAUCAACUUUUGCUCCCGAUUCAGUCUAAAUAUAUUUCUGUUAAGGGAGUCGAGGAUGGGUGGAGGGUUAUUAAUAAAAUGCAGGUUCGAGGAGCUCCAGCCAUAGCUAUAGUUGGAUGUCUUUCUCUUGCCAUUGAAAUUCUUGGACAGGUCUUUGAUAGCAAAAAGUUUUUGCGUCAAGAGAUUGAAGGUAAAUUAAAUUAUCUGGUAUCAUCACGACCGACAGCAGUAAAUAUGAAAAUUGCAGCUGAUGAAUUAAUUGAACUGGCAAACACUUUGGAUAAAAACGAGGAUAUAUCUGUUGAUGAGAUGAAGGAAAAAUUUGUCCAAGCCAUAGAAGCAAUGCUGCAAAAAGACAUAGCUGAUAACAGAGCUAUAGGCGAAUAUGGUGCUGCAGCUAUUUUAAAUGAAUCAGCAAAAGAUUCAGUGUCUGUAUUGACACAUUGUAAUACUGGUUCUUUAGCAACUGCCGGUUAUGGAACUGCCCUAGGUGUAGUUAGAUCCAUACAAGAACGAAAUAAAUUAGAUCAUGUUUUUUGCACUGAAACUCGUCCGUACAAUCAAGGAGCCCGAUUGACAGCUUUUGAAUUAGUCCAUGACAAAUUGCCUGCUACUUUAGUUUGUGAUAGUAUGGUUGCUGCGUUGAUGAGGACGAAAAGUCUGGAUGCUGUUGUUGUUGGAGCAGAUAGGGUUGCUGCCAAUGGAGACACGGCCAACAAAAUAGGCACAUACCAAAUAGCAGUUUUAGCAAAACAUCAUAAAGUACCAUUCUACGUAGCAGCACCAUUUACAUCCAUAGACUUUACGAUUCCCUCCGGUGAUAGGAUAAUAAUUGAGGAAAGACCAGAGCGCGAAAUGACCCACAUCGGGGAGUACAGGAUCGCCGCCAAAGGUAUCACCUGCUGGAAUCCUGCUUUUGAUGUCACACCAGCAAACCUUAUUAAAGGCAUCAUCACCGAGGGAGUCUUUCAUCCUUCCAAACUCUCUGAUGAACUGGAUAAAUGA